CACUCCACAUCUCCAGCGAUGUCAUCCUUGACCUCCUGGCCUUUCCCCUAAGCCCCCGCCCCCCAUUACUCAGCACACAAAUCAAUUGGAUCGCAUCUGCAUCGGCCUGGUUCACCGCGCCGCCGGCAAGAGCACAAAGCUUCACGGCUACAUCUCGCGGGUAAAUACGGAGAUGGCCAUGGAAAUUUGGAACAUUAACUUGUACUAUGAAGAUGAGAAUAAAAAUCAUAAAGUUCUUGAAGCAUCAAUGGACAGGACCAAUAUCUCCUUUUAUGACUUGGUCAACUUGAUUGAAGGUGUUGGCUUCUCGGGGAUUGAUUACCUCUACUACAGGAAGAAAUACCCUCGCGGCAAGGGCCAUCUAGUACACAUCGAUAACGACACUCAUGUGCGGAAAAUGAUAACUGAGCACAAUAAGGAGAAGAGGGUACAGUUGUACGUGUAUAAGGAGAGGGCCAACAUUGAUGUUGCUCCAUCAGAACCUCAGGGUGAGGAUGAUGGACCCAUUACAAGCUUUGAGGAGGAGGAUGCCUUCCCUGAAGGAGCAACACAAACUAGGACGAGCAAGUCACAAACAAUGGUGCGUAAAUCAAAAAGAUUGAAUGUGGUUCAGAGCCGUGCUCAGUACGCCAAUGGAGACUUCGCCAAUAGUGAGCAAUCUCGGUCAUCACGUGAGCUGCUUGAGACACAUGAAUUGGAAGAUAACGAGGAUCAUCUUACUGAGCGAGAUGACAACCUCGAUAAUAUGACUGGUGAUGGUAAAGCUGUUGACAAACGUGGAGCACAUUCCCUGCCAGCUGUUUGGAACAUGCCAGAUGGAGCACGCAUAGUUGUAAAAUGUAAUAAUCUUGGCCAGCCUAUUGGGGACGAAGGUGGAGUCCUAGGGAAGUUUCUUGGCACAAUAGCUAGACUUGGGGGCUAUUGCCCACUUGACAAAAAGGAUUGGCGUAAUGUCAAGAAGGAUGGUGGGGCUGACACAAUACUUCGGUGUGUACAGACAAAGUUCUUGUAUCCUGCUAAAUGUGAUAAGUGGAUAUUAAAAACUAUCGGACGAGAUUGGAGAAAAUUCAAGGCUGGUCUUAAGAAAGAAUUCUUUAAUGCAAAGAAAAAAAGAAAAGCUCGUAUAAGCUUUGUCCGGAAUAUGUGGACAGCGACCAAUGGCGUGAACUUGUCAACUAUUGGAAAUCCAAAGAAGGAAGGGUAA